AGGCAGAUGGGCGAAAGGAAGACUUAUGAACGAAGAGAGUGAAGGCUACGUAGCUCGCAGACAUAAGUGAAUCUUACGUGUGGCCUGAUCCGAUGAAUGCUUCUGAAAAUACGUAAAAAUCCUCAUGGAAAGUCGACACGCGCUGGCGAGAGCUGAAGUUUCGCCGACAGCUCAACAAGGUUUAGUCCUUGCUAAAGAUUUUAUUUCCUAUAGGCUCGGAAAAGGCCCUUUACCCACGUCAAAUACCGCUGCAACACUUCGCAAACUUGCCGACCAAAUCGAGGAGCAGUACCCAUCACUGUUAAGCCAUUUAUGCCGUAAACUGAACAUUACGAGAACUACAGCGUAUCCAACAUUUGUUGAAAUUGCAAGCGAAGUAUUCGUGGAUGGAAUAAACUGGGGAAGAAUUGUAGCGCUAUUUGCUUUUGGGGGAAAACUGGCUUUGUAUUGCGAUCAGAACCAAAUGACAGAUCUCGUUGCUUCGGUCACUGAAUGGGUAGGAAAAUACGUAGGCGGACUUAGUGAAUGGAUUGAAAGCAAUGGCGGAUGGGUAAGUAGUAUUUUUUCUUUUUAAAUUGGGGUUUCCUAACUCAUCUAAAUUUGUAAAUUUAAACUAGGGGCAAAAGUCAUCAACAGAAAUACCGUGUGUAUUUUUCCGAAACCCAGGUUACGAGGUUCGCAAUAAUUAAAUGUUCUCGCGUUUUAAAUCAACGGGAAAGCUUGAAUCCUUUGUGAUGCCUUCAGCUGCUUGGUAUUUAUAAAUAAUGAAAGCGUUUGGUUCUUGUCAUUGGUUAGAGGGGCAAAAACUUUUCCAAGACCAGACGUAAUUAGCUGAAGAGAUAAAAAAGGAAUCUUACAAACAUCAAGAAGUACAAUGGACAUGAAUAUAUUUGUUUGAUGAGCACAUUUUUGGAAUUUUUGCAUUGUCCAAGUUCGUGGGCGGAAUAUUACCAGUUUUAGAGUUUAGUAACACGACAGCCUUAUUCUAGAGCACCCUUUUGGGGAAAAAAACCCAAGGAUUAUUACCAAACUGUGCUUGGCGUAAUAUUAAAAAUCUAGCUCGCGUCGCAUUUUGUACAACAUUGUACAAUUUGUGUACAAAAUCCAGAGUCGGCGAAUCAACAGGGGAUUAACCGAUUACGUUUACCAGCGUAAUUUGCGGAUUUUUGGGGGGCUUUCAAUAUGAAAAUCGCUAAAAAAGCAAAUAACUGUGCCAGAAGCAUUCCCUUUAGUUCCGGGACGGGUAUUAAACCUCAGUCAUGAGACUUAUGUACUCCCUUUAAUCGGGACUUGUUUUGUCACGUUUUUUCCUCUUAUGUUAGCUUUGAAAGGGUAUGUACUAGAAAACCACAAAUGAUGUCAUAAAUGGGACAAGGUGUCUAUGGGCACAACACAACAUUUUGGUUCUAAAGUCAUUGGUCUUGCUUGGUGGGAAAUUUUGAUUAUGUUUUACGAACAUUGAAGGGUAAACUUGUGUCUGAAAAAGCAGUAUGUUUAGAGUUAAGAGUUUAGGGUACUUUGCAUUGAUUGCAUUUCACCUAUAAGAAUGGUUGUCCUUAGUUAGUCAUUUCCCAUAUACAUGUACCUAUAACUGUAUACUAUAUUCAAUGGGGAUGGCAUAUGGGCAAGAUUUUGGGGUUUGACCAAAAUGCCAAAGAUUUGGUCACUUUCUACAAAGUUUCAUUUUUGUUUGAUAAAAUCUAAGAAAAGAACUUUGCCCUCAGGGGCCAGUGCAGUUAACAGUUGACAUUUGAGCUAUUUGAAAGAAAUGCUACAAAUGUAUGCUUUAUUAUUAAAGGUGCCAUCGAGCCACAACAAAAUUUCAAUCCUCACUUGCAUAGUCUAUGUAAUUAGCAUUUUUAUUGGUGCGAGAAAGUACUCUCUGAGUGACAAUAGGAAGCUUAAGCAACAACCACGAAAACGAUUUUUCCAGAUUUUUCUGAAAAUUUUAGUUAAUAAUGGGUAUGAAAAUCACACUCAUUUGACAGUCUCACGAAAUGUUGGCGGGUAUAUAAAUAGUUGUGUGGAUAGGGGAAAAUAUUUCCUUAUAAAUCUAUUGAUAAGAGCCUUCACAGUAACAAAACAACAGUACUAUUAAUGGUGCUUUGUUUUUUUUUUUUCAGGAAGGUCUCGAUAAACAUUUUAAUGACAAAGGACAAGAUAGCGCCUGGUGGAGAGGUGUUUUUCUUACAACACUUGGACUUGGAACAUUAGCAGCUUUUAUGUACAGCCGGUGAACCAUAGCAUACCAGUAAUUGUUUUUUAAAGUGUGCAUUUAGUUGGUCAAUUUUAACAUAAUUUAUAUAAUUUUGAGGCAUGGCAUACUGUGAGCAGUCUCUUUCUUUGCCUAUUUUGUGUGAAAAGGGGAGAAAAAGUGUUCAGGUGAGACAAACCAGGCACAGACUUGCCAAGUCUCACAAGAUGACGAUCGACUUAUAUAGACGCUCUCACAAGUUGACAACUGAUUUGUCUUGCUUUCUGGAAAAGUCACACAUACUCCAAAAUCUCCCAAUUAGAUUAGUUUUAAGAUAAUUCAUUGUUGGGUGCUGUGCAACUGAAUUCGUUUCUAAUGGCAUGACAUUUUGUUGUCAAAAAUCAGACCUUAUGCAGGCUUUGCUGAUAUUGUUUUGUUGUUCCUGUUGCUUUUGAUGAGGACUGUGCAAGAAAAUAACCUACAGCUCAUGCACUCGCAGAUCCUAAAAAUGUGGCCAUGAAAGGCCAAACAGACCCUAAUCAGGGUAUCUGUUCCAAAAGGAUGAGCAUUCUUUA